AUCUCUGUCUGUGGUUUUUUUUUUGUUUGUUAUUUCAGUUAUUUGUAAUUGGCUUUAAAUGGUUACAAAAUAAAUGUAAGUUUUGAAGUUUUGUAGGCUCAAAUUCGUCUUGAGAUGAGCGCCAAGCCUGCAGCGGAGGCCGUGGACCCGGUGAAGGAGGAACGUGCGGGCAAGGUCAGGGAGGUCGGGUCGCAAGCCAUAUGGAGCCUGUCUUCGUGCAAGCCAGGGUUCGGAGUGGACCAGUUACGAGACGACUGCAUGGAGACGUACUGGCAGUCAGACGGCCAGUUGCCUCAUCUGGUAAACAUUCAGUUCCGACGCAAGACCACGGUCAGCGACAUAUGCAUCUUCACGGACUACAAGCUCGACGAGAGCUACACACCCAGCAGGAUCUCGAUCCGCGCCGGCACCAACUUCAACGACCUGCAGGAGGUGGAGGUGAUGGACCUGAGCGAGCCGACGGGCUGGGUGACGGUGCCCGUGAAGGACAUCCACGACCGGCCCAUCCGCACCUUCAUGAUCCAGAUCGCGGUGAUCAGCAACCACCAGAACGGCCGCGACACCCACAUGCGGCAGAUCAAGAUCCACUCUCCGGCGGAGCACCGUGGGGCCGCCGGCCUCGAGGGCUCCGGCCAGUUCACGUCCCUCGAGUUCCGCCAGUACAGCUGCAUCCGGUGAGACCGUGGCACGUCGCAGCUUCAAGGUCGUGUUCGUGGAAGAUGAUGAGCAUGAAUUUUUCAAGGCAAGUCUCAGAAAAGUUAAUUAUGGUUAAGGAAGUAUGUAUUAAAGAUAAGUAUGGAACUAAGUAUUUGAACUUAACAACAAAUUCUGGGCUCAAUAGGCUUUCAGCAAAGACAUCAAUAUGUGUGUUGUUCAGGACAAUUUGUAUUUCCAGCCAAAGUGACUGAAGUCUAGGCCUGUAAUAGUUGCAAUAGCCCUCUGUGUGAUGAUUUAAGUACACUUAUUUGUUACUGCCGAAUCUCACUUAAACAAGCACAGGCUGCUGUAUUAAUAUUUUGAGAAUGCUCAACCAUUUAUUGCUGUUAAAAAUAUAAUGUUUCGUUGUGAUAA